AUAACCGCCAUUUGUCAUUUGAGGAAUUUUUGUCACAUUCCACCGUUAGGAGUCCAACCGCGCGGACAGCAUUUGAUCCCAAAGACACCACAACUCUACCACACAAAACCAAACGACUAGGUGUAUCUUAAUUCUCACCAUGUCCCACCCGCGAGCCCUCCUCCAAUCACUCCCCCGGUCUCUACCUCUACCUCUAGCGACGAGGCUGAGGCUGAGACGCCUUCCUACAUGUACAACUUCCUCCUCGCCACACACAACCACCACCACCUCAACAACACCACGCACAACAGCCCGAUACGCAAGCAGCAACAGCAACAGCAACACUUCAGCAACAAGCUUCCUCCAAAACUCCCCCUCCCCCCCGCGCCUCCCCGCCGACCAACAAGCCGAAUUCGAGCGCCUCCAGCGCGCCGCCGAAGCCGCUCUCUCCUCCCACAACACCCUAUCCUCACCAUCAUCAUCAUCAUCAUCACAACAACAACAACAACAAGACCAGCCACUGACUACCUCCCGGCACGUCUCCAUCCCAUCCACCACCAGCACACAGGCGGUAGGGCAGGGUGGUGAUGUUGAAAGUGGUGAAAGCGUAAGCGCGGGCAGUUUCAGCGCUGGCAUCCGGCAGGGCGCGCCGCCUGAAUUCGACGGCGACAAGAACCCCAAGACCGGGGAGGUCGGGGGGCCGAAGAACGAGCCACUUCGCUGGGGCAGUGGUGGGGAUUGGAGUUAUAACGGGCGGGUUACUGAUUUUUAAACCUACCUCUCCUCUUGCCUACCUUACCCCUUACGUCUUACCUACCUCUCCUGGUGGCAGUACCGGGUUACGGUCAAGGUUAACUAAGUACGGAGUAGGGGUGGUGCUUGGGGGAGGAAGGGAGGGAGGGAUGAAUGAGUUAGAAGGCUAUAAAAACCCCAAGACCGGCGAAGUCGGGGGCUUUAAGAACGAGCCACCUCGCUGGGGGAGUGGUGGGGAUUGGAGCUAUAACGGGCGGGUUACUGACUUUUGAACCUUACCUCUUCUCUCCUGGCACCGGGUUGAGGUUGGCUGAGUAUGAGAUGGUGAUUGAGGACUGGAAGGGAUGCAGAUGAUAGAUGGAUUGGUAGUCGAACCUCAUGCCUGGAUCGCCGGAGCAGAAGGUCGUUGUAUUGUAUAGCAUCGCGAUAUGUAGAAUAAUACCAUUUUGUAGCCAUAACAAACAAACCAAAGCUGUUCGAUACCACUG